AUGCAAAGCAUUUCUAUUGAUCCACGAAAGAAGCAUGCUCCAACCCGUGACAUGCUAAUCCCGACUUUCUCUGCUCAACUUCCUCCAGCCAAAGAGAUCAAGGUUCAUCCAUCCAACGCAGGAGAGGAGAAUGCUUCCCUUUUCUUCGUAGGGACCGCUACAACAAUUAUCGAAUGGGCCGGUAUCCGGUUGAUGACUGACCCUAAUUUCCUCCACGCGGGCGACCAUGUCCAUCUCGGACCAGGUGUGACGAGUGAACGCCUGACUAAUCCAGCUGUCGACCUCCACGACCUCCCUCGAAUCGACUUAAUACUUCUCUCCCACUAUCAUGAGGAUCACUUUGAUAAGGAGGUUGAGGCCUCUUUGAGGCGAGAUCUUCCCAUUAUCACCACGCCACAUGCAAAAGCGCACCUCGAGUGUAGGAAUGAGGACCCAUUUACUAGUGUGUUUUCGGUCGACCAUUUUGAGAAGAUCGGAGUCGGUAUCGAGGGAGCGAACGGUUCAAAGCAACCCCAACUGCGUGUCAUUGGGAUGCCGGGCAAACAUGUGCCUCCCAAUGGAAUUAUGGAGAAAUUUAAUGAUAUAGUCAGAGCCAUUCCCCCAACCAAUGGUUGGAUGCUCGAACUAGGUCACGGCGAACCGAAUAUGUCAGACUUUUCCUGCGGUUAUCGUAUCUACAUAUCGGGGGAUACACUCAUGGUGGACGAGCUCAAGGAAAUCCCAAAACGAUACGCAGGCCACAAGAUUGACCUGAUGCUCGCCCACCUUGGGGGCACUACUAUUCCCUCCCCGUCUGUUGGGAGACUUAUAAAGCCGCUAGCAUUGAUGGUUACCAUGGACGCAGAACAAGGUUUGCAAUUGAUUCGGCUGAUACAGCCAGACCUCACGAUUCCGAUUCACUACGACGACUACGAUGUGUUUGCGAGUCCACUAGAAGAUUUCCUUCGUGCCGUCGAGGCGGCGGGUUUAACGCAUAAAGUAGUGUUUCUAGAUCGCCAUGACCAGUAUCGUUUUCAGGUCAGGGGAUAG